AUGAGGAUGGAGACCAUUGAGGCAGCAUCAUGUCAUCAGGACUUCAGUCUGAAGGUUGCCUUCUGUUCUGAUAAUGGAUUCAGGUCUGUUCCUACAGAUCUCUUACCUGAUCUCAGAGAACUCUACCUAGAGGACAACCUUCUAACCACGCUUACAAAUGAGACGUUUGAGAGAUUUCGACAAAUUUCAAAAAAGUCGUUUAUUUUUAACAACCAUGUUGAUACGCUAGAUUUGUCUACAAAUCCAAUAGAAUUCAUUGAAGCCAGCGUUAUCUCUACGUUCCAUGUCAAGCAAAUUGAAUUGAUGAAUACGCGCAUAGCAGUUUCUCAACUAACGAAUUUCUUUCAUGGCAUCAGAUUAUCAAUGUUCAUUAAAGGAUUUGAUUUUACAGGCGCCAAACUCCACACCAUCCAGAAUGGAUUGUUCGCACCGCUCAAAGGAAAGAAUCUAGACAAAAUUGACAUUGAAAUGAAUAGCAUAUAUAUGAUUGAAGACAAUGGUUUUGAUGGUUUAGCAGGCGUUUCUGAGCUUCAGCUAGGAUCGAACAAUCUGGAAGAGAUAGAACCAAGUGUCUUUAACGGAAUGAUGGCUCUUCGUACCCUUUCAUUGGAUGCUAACAGAAUCCUAACUCUCAAUAGUAAAUCUACCCCGUGGAAUAUCUCACUCAUACAUCUAAACUUGGCACGCAAUGAACUAACAGCAAUCAAUGGCUCGGCAUUCUAUGGUCUGAAAACUCUCAAGACAUUAGACUUGAGUGGCAAUUUCAAACUUCAAGCUAUUGAAAAUAACACGUUUGUCGAUUUUCAAUUUUUGAGUGAGUUAGAUCUGUCCAACACACAUAUUUUUGUGCUAACUUUUCAUCACCUUCCUUUCCUCGCUACCUUAAUCUUAGAGUCUUCAUAUUGCCCUACAAGUUUGAUUCGACCCGGUAACCUUGGCAAUGAAGCGCCCUCUUUAACAACACUCAAUCUAAUCAACAAUGCGCUUGGGCCUGAAAAGCUAUGGGAUUCAUCCGACAACAAAUCUUCUUUCUUUGGUUUGCAAAACCUAUCGCGACUUGAACUUUCAAGUAAUACAUUGGUUUCCAUCCCAUUGGGCAUCUUCCAGAAUUUGUCGAAUCUACAAAUUUUACGUUUGGAUAAAUGCUCGCUUUUUGUAUUAGAAACAGGUAUAUUUAUAGACCUGAAUAGCCUUGUCUUAUUGAGUUUGGAAUACAAUAAUCUAAAGGUUAUUUCAGCUGGGUUGUUCGAUAAAUUAUAUGAUUUGCAAUAUCUAUUUUUGUUAGAAAAUGACUUGACAUACCUUGAUUCUAAUUUGUUCAAGUACUUAUCAAAUCUGGUGUAUCUUGAUGCUUCGGUAAAUCGGAUAUCCGGCUUGAACCGUAGCACGUUUGAACCCCUAGCGCGCCUAACGAAACUUAAACUAUCUCUCAAUCCCCUGGUCUGUAAUUGUGAUCUUAAAUGGUUACCUGGUUGGUUAAAAGGGAAAGUAGAGCUCAUUGAUUCGAUGCAUACUAUAUGCCUCGAUAAUGCAGUGACUUUGGAGCCAUUUAGGGGCAAACAAUUAAUCACUUUCGAUCCUAAAGACGAAUGUGGUCCGAACAUCAUCCUCUACUCUUGUUUGGCCAUAUUAGGUAUGGUACUGAUCUUUGCUCUAGGUUUGAUCUACUACCAGCGAUGGUGGAUCAGAUAUCGACUGUUCCUUCUAAAGCUCUGCUUCAUUGGAUACGAAGAGAUACACGACAAUGUCGACAGAGGAGAAUUCCAUUACGAUAUCGCCAUCAUGCUCGACGAAGCCGACGAUGUGUGGGUCAACCAACACUUGAGACCAGCCCUGUUGGAGCGAGUUCCAGGCUUCAAUCGAAUCGUUUGUGGUGAUGAAGAGCUCAUGCUUGGUAUGUACUACCUUGACGCCGUCCACUACGCUACAGAAAAAAGCUUCAAGACUAUUAUCGUGAUCAGUCACGCUGCUUUACAGGACCAGUGGUUCAUGAUGAAGUUCCGAACCGUUCUCGAUCACGUCAAUGACAUCGGUACAGAGAAGAUGAUUCUCGUAUUUGUGGAGGACGUUGUGGAUGACGAACUCCCUUUCCUAAUCAGACUGUUUCUUAGUGAUCAUCGACCGUAUCUGGUUUGGCCAGACGAUGAAAGAGGACGAGACUACUUUUGGGAGGAGUUGGUCCGGGAUCUUACGUUCAAUCUCAGGUGCAAUCACCUGAUACCUCCUGAUUGAUAGAUGUCAGCAACAACACUUUUCAUUUGGCAGAUUGAGAAUUAUGUUUUACUUGUUUCGAUAUGACCCUAUUUCUGGAUUAUUUG